UACUGUUGCGUUGUCGUUAAAGCCCUUAAUGCUGUAUUCAGCGAAGAUGAACUGAUUGCCUACCGUGGAGAUGCACUCAUUUGCACUCUACCUCUUGGUGUCCUGAAGGCCUCUGUGGCUACACCUGUUAGCGCCUCGGGAUCCGCUGCCUUCAAUAAGGACUCCACCAAUUCCACUAAUGCCACUUUCGUCACCACCGGUAGCAUAAAUUCUACCAUCCGAGACGAUGCGAAUAUCAACUUGAUGCGAUCCACCAAUGAAUCAACUUCAUCCAUGCAAUGUGAAAAUGAUGAGGCCUGGAUAUUGAACAAGGACAAUGCUCCUCGUUUCUGCCCACCGCUACCAGAAUGGAAAAGGAACGCAAUUGAUCGCCUCGGCUUCGGCAUCCUCAAUAAAGUCUGUCAAUAUACUAUUUUGGAUAAUACCUCGUUUCUGGUUGAAAGAUCUUUUGCUUACACCAUAUUUAAUGACCACAUUUAUUUAUAA